CUGCCGAAUCCAGCUUCUCCGAGAUCAAAGCCCUGGUUGAGCGGAGGCAAGCGGAGUUACUGCAUUCCAUUCGUCGUCUCACAGAGGAGAAACGCCGGGCUCUGAUGGACCAGUUGGCACUCAUUGAAUCUGAGCGUGAUCUGGUA